UGGAUUUUAAGUUUGACAUAUUUAUGUACGUCUAUUUGUGUCAACGUAACUUGUUAAAAAAUGUAUACAAAACUAUUUUCAAAAAUUUCGCCUCUAAUACUGAAACAAUCAAAUUGGAAUAGAUCAUACAGUCCUAUGAGGAUUUGUGUUGGAGGUAAACCUAAGCCGAAGUUUGAGACGAUUUCCCGAAGAGACCAACUGAAAAUUUUUGGAUCAUAUGUUUUCGAGUGUCUCCCAAAGUAUGUAGAGAAAGUUCAAAUUACGCAUACAGACGAACUAGAGCUUCUUGUCGUUCCUGAUGGAAUACUUUGCGUUAUGCAAUUUCUAAAAGAUCAUCAUAAUAGUCAAUUUGAGGCUUUGAUGGAUGUAACUGCAAUCGAUGUUCCAAGCAGAGUCUACAGAUUUGAAGUUAUUUAUAAUUUAUUAUCAUUUCGUUAUAAUGCAAGAUGUAGAGUCAAGACGUAUACAGACGAACUAACCCCUCUGGAAUCUGUUACCGGUAUCUACAAAGGUGCAAAUUGGCCAGAGAGAGAGGUCUACGAUAUGUUCGGAAUAUUUUUCGCAAACCAUCCAGAUCUCAGACGGAUCCUUACCGACUACGGAUUCCAAGGAAAUCCUUUCAGAAAAGAUUUUCCAAUUAGCGGUUACGUCGAAGUCAGAUACGAUGAAGAAAAAAAACGGGUUGUUUGCGAACCGCUGGAAUUAGCUCAAGAGUUUAGACAAUUUGAUCUAAGUUUUCCAUGGGAACAAUUUAACAAGUACAGAAGUAAACAAGAACAAAACGAGAAAAUUCGAAAUGAACAUAAGAAGAGUUUGGAUAAAACUGAAGAAUGUAAAUAGUAUUGUGGUUAUUUAUUGUGAGAAAUUGUUCAGUUUGAUUAAAAGUAAAAGUUUUCUUAUAA